AUGACGCACUUCUUCUCCCGCCCUAGCUACUCCGCGGGCUGUGGGAUUGAUGGGUGUUUCAAGUUUUUACCCAUUGACGCUAUAGGAUUUAACAAGGUACUGGACCACUGCAAUGGCCUCAUCCUGUACCACGGCAAAAUCUCAGAACAAUAUAAGCUAUUUGUCUGCAACCCCGCGACGCAUCGAUGGGUCCAGCUUCCACCGUUCACAGAAUAUGAUAGUCUAUGCAUUAGUGCUGAGUACCUCGUCUUCGACCCUGCAGAGUCUCUGCACUAUGAGGUGUUCCUGAUCCCUGAUUUGCCUGAAAUUCCUACCAAGAAGAAGUGCCACAAAGGUCCACUCGUGGGUAAGGACGCUACAGCGGAAUGGCCACCGUCUGUGCACACAUUGUGGGUAUUCUCGUCGAGGACUGGGAGGUGGGAGGAUAAGGCUUUUCUCCAUGAAGGCCACGCCACCAACAUGGCAGGGACAUCAUUAGAGGUGCUGUUGGAUUCACCAGACAUGAUGUCUUGGGGACCGCGAUUUAUACGUGCGGAGUACUGGAAUGGUGCACUCUACGUGCACUUCCAAGAUGAAUCUGAUGACGAUGACGAUGAGGAGGAAGACCAAGACAGUGCUGAAUGGAACUCUGAUGAUGAUAACAUCAACAUUAUCGGAGACCUUAGCAAGAACAAAGAAGAGGAGAUGAGCAUGUGGACAUUUGGUAGCGUUGACUUGCUGGGGUUUCAUCCAUACAAGGAGGUCAUCUACUUGAUGGAUUUAGAUGAGGUGGUAGCUUACCAUCUGAGGAGCUCCAAGGUUCAGUACUUAGGUUGUAAUCGCUUAAAUGAGUACAAUAGGGGCAUGGAGAAGUCAUUCUUUUACACCCCUUGCUUCGUCGAUUUGAUUCCAGAAGGUGCUCACCAAAAAAGUUCAUGA